CGGCUGGCGGCGGCGGGAGCGGGGCUGGCGCCGCCGGAGCAGACGUGCCGCAGGGCGGGGGACACGGCUGUCACCACGGAGUCCGCUAGCGCCAACACCGCGGCGGCCACCGCCGCUUCGCGGGCCGCGGGCACCGGAGACCAGGCAACCUCGCUGCCCCCGCCCAGGAUGCAGCGCAGGAAGAGGAACGCGGGCAGCAGCUCGGAUGGCACCGAGGACUCGGAUUUCUCCACGGACCCCGAGCACACGGACAGCUCCGAGAGCGACGGCGCCUCGCGCAGAUCCGCCCGCGUCACCCGCGCCUCGGCGCGCCUCAGCCAGAGCUCGCAGGACUCGAGCCCGGUGCGCACGGCGCCGUCCCUGGGUCCGGAUGAACCGGUGUACUCCACGCGCAGGGUGACGCGCAGCCAGCAGCAGCCGGCUCCUGUCACCCCCAAGAAGUACCCGCUGCGCCAGACCCGCUCCUCGGGCUCCGAGACUGAGCAGGCCGUGGAUUUCUCUGACAGAGACACCAAGAACGCGGCGGACCAGGACGAGUCCCCCCCGCGCACCCCCACGGGCAACGCGCCCUCCUCCGAGUCCGACAUCGACAUCUCCAGCCCCAACGUGUCCCACGACGAGAGCCUGGCCAAGGACCUGUCCCUCAAGGACUCGGGCAGUGACCUGUCCCACCGGCCCAAGCGGCGCCGCUUCCACGAGAGCUACAACUUCAACAUGAAGUGUCCCACCCCCGGCUGCAACUCGCUGGGACACCUGACUGGCAAGCACGAGCGUCACUUCUCCAUCUCGGGGUGUCCCCUGUACCACAACCUCUCAGCAGACGAGUGCAAGGUGCGAGCUCAGAGCCGGGACAAGCAGAUUGAGGAGAGGAUGCUGGCCCACAGGCAGGAUGACAACAACAGGCAUGCCACCAGGCACCAGGCCCCCACAGAGAGGCAGCUGCGCUACAAGGAGAAGGUGGCCGAGCUCAGGAAGAAAAGGAACUCUGGGCUGAGCAAGGAGCAGAAGGAGAAGUACAUGGAGCACAGGCAGACCUAUGGCAACACCAGGGAGCCUCUGCUGGAGAACCUGACCAGCGAGUACGACCUGGAGCUCUUCAGGAGGGCACAGGCACGAGCCUCUGAGGACCUGGAGAAGCUGAGGCUGCAGGGGCAGAUCACCGAGGGCAGCAACAUGAUCAAGACGAUCGCGUUCGGGCGCUACGAGCUGGACACGUGGUACCACUCGCCCUACCCCGAGGAGUACGCGCGCCUCGGCCGCCUCUACAUGUGCGAGUUCUGCCUCAAGUACAUGAAGAGCCAGACCAUCCUGCGCAGGCACAUGGCCAAGUGUGUGUGGAAACACCCCCCAGGUGACGAGAUUUACCGCAAGGGCUCCAUCUCUGUCUUCGAGGUGGACGGCAAGAAAAACAAGAUUUACUGCCAGAACCUGUGCCUGCUGGCCAAGCUGUUCCUGGACCACAAAACUCUUUAUUACGACGUGGAGCCGUUCCUGUUCUACGUGAUGACAGAGGCCGACAACACCGGCUGCCACCUGAUCGGGUACUUCUCCAAGGAGAAGAAUUCCUUCCUGAACUACAACGUGUCCUGCAUCCUGACCAUGCCCCAGUACAUGAGACAAGGCUAUGGCAAAAUGCUCAUUGACUUCAGCUACCUGCUGUCCAAGGUGGAGGAGAAGGUGGGCUCCCCCGAGCGGCCCCUGUCCGACCUGGGGCUCAUCAGCUACAGGAGCUACUGGAAGGAGGUGCUGCUGCGCUACCUGCACAACUUCCAGGGCAAGGAGAUCUCCAUCAAAGAGAUCAGCCAGGAGACCGCCGUGAACCCCGUGGACAUUGUGAGCACCCUGCAGGCCCUGCAGAUGCUCAAGUACUGGAAGGGCAAACACCUGGUGCUCAAGAGACAGGACCUGAUUGACGAGUGGAUCGCCAAGGAGGCCAAGAGAUCCAACAGCAACAAGACCAUGGACCCCAGCUGCCUCAAGUGGACCCCGCCCAAGGGCACCUAGGUGUGCCCAGAGUGUCCCCACGGUGUCCCCAGGGCAGCCCCCUGUCCCCACAGUGUCCCCACGGUGUCCCCAGCACAGGA